AGCACGUGCAGUCAAGCAGAACAGAGGGAGGCUGAGAGGAGGGGGAGAGAGAACAGAAAGAAAAAAGAAUCAGAUAAAGGAGAGACUGGGGUGUCUAAGAGCUACAUCAGCUCUUGUUCUCAAAGAACAAAAAACAAUGUGCUUGUGAGCUCAACCAUCAGGCGGGUGCAAUGAACUACCAGGCAGGCUGAGUCGCUGGAUUUGCUGAGCUCCAGCCCUCUGCGCCUCCGUCUCUGCCAGCUUGGACUCAGCCGUGGUAAUGAUUUGGAGGCAGGGCUUUGGGAAGGAGGUUUUCAUGUGGAUUUGGAGCUUUGUGUUUUAGGAAUAUUCCGCCGGAGAGGAUUUGAGCGUGCGGUUAUUUUUGAUUAAACACAGUGUGCGACGGGGAGGCUCCUGUGCGCGCCGCUCCGUGGGCUGCCGCCGGUGCUGCGGGGAUGACUGAGAAGCAGGGCAGCGCCCAGAUGCAGGGCUCCGGCUGUAUGGGGGCUUAGGUCUAUAAAUACCAGCAUGGGAGCUAAACAGAUGAAAUGUCUCAGCUCAACCAGCCCCGCCCACUCCCCCAAAGAGGAGUACGUUAUCACCAAAUCGACUGACACCGCUGCAGAGGAGGCAGUGCACGAGCGGCCAGAGAAGCAGGGGGAACCCCAGCAGGACAAAUCCGAGCAGACAGAGCGGAAAUCUGCUCCAGAGGAGGUGUCUCUUUGUGGAUUAUGUCCCUCCCUUGGGUACAAUGGGCAGGAGGAGGAAAAGUCUUGGGAGGAGCAACUGGAUGCCCAACAGGAGCAGCUGGAGAAGGAGAUGCAGGAAGCCAGGAGGAUGGUAUUCCGCCUGCAGGGUUUGCUGCUGCAAGGUGUCCUACCUGAAGAUGACAAGGACGGAUCCAUGGGUUUCGCGGAGAACCGGGCUAGCGCAGAUCAGCAACUGGUUUUAAUCCGCAGUCGUCUGGACCAAAGCAUGGAGGAAGCCCUUGAUCUCAAGAGGGAGCUCCUCAGACACAAACAGGAGACGCGGCACAUUCAAGCCAUUAAGGAUGCCUUGCAGCAGCGUCUGGCUUUACAGGAGGACGCUGUGCUGCAGCUAAAGCAGGAUCUGCUGAGGUGCAACAUGGCCAAAGAUCAGCUGGAGAGAGAAAACGAGGAGCUCAAACGCAAGCUGAGCGAAAGGGACAAAUUACUUAAUGAACAUGAGCAACAUUUUGGAAGGAAAGAGAGAAUUCUGCAGCAGCAAAAGCUUGACGAGGCUCAGCACAAAGCACAUGAAGUCAGCCAUGGACGGUCAUUCAGAGGUGAAAGUAGAAGCUACAGGGACUCAGUGACGUCAACAUCUCCUCCAUCAUUCCAGCACAACGCACCAGGGGAGGAGCUGCAGCUGGUUAGGGAAGCUCUCCGCAGUUUGAGGGACAGUUUCUCAGGACAUGACCCUCAGCAUCACACCUUGGACACUCUGGAGCAGGGCGUGUCCAGCCUCAUGGACCGUCUGCACUCCCUGGAAACGCAGCGCAGACAGGACCGAGGGGAGGAGUUUAGGUCGCCGGGACGCAGAGCCAACUCAACAGACCGUGACUCAUGGCCACCGAGCUCCAAAAUGGCGCACUCCCACAGCAGCCCGGGAUUAGACGCGGCUGUUUCCACUAAAGUGCUCUACUUCACAGACCGCUCACUCACUCCAUUCCUGAUUAACAUCCCGAAAAGGCUGGGUGAAGUGACACUUCGGGACUUCAAGGCUGCCGUGGACAGACAAGGCAAUUUCAGAUACCACUUUAAGGCCCUUGACCCAGAGUUUGGCACAGUGAAGGAGGAGGUGUUUCAGGAUUCUGCAGUUGUGCCUGGCUGGGAGGGGAAGAUCGUAGCGUGGGUGGAGGAGGACCACGGAGAGCGCAGAUGAGGCUCCAAAACCCAGAGAUCAACAUUACAAACCUCAGUUGCUCUCACUAACCACUUAAAAAAACAUGUGAUGCAAUGCAAACCACAGUAAAAUAUUAAGUAUUUAACCAAGAACAAGUGCCAAAGGUGAUCAGAUGUUUCUAGAGUCAGCUUUGUUGUCACACUGAAUGUUGGAUUUCCCAAAAAAAUGACAUCUAGGAAACACUUUGUUGAAGAGGAUGCAUAUUAAACAUUGUUUGAAGCUAAACACACAAAAUUCCAAUUUUAUAAAAAGUGAAUUCAUGUAAAAAAUGCUCAGUUUACAUAAAGGCUGCUAACAAACCUCAAAAUGGAAGCCUUGGCUGACAACAUUCCAGAAUGCCAAACAGUGACGUUAUUCUGCAUCUGUUUUGAUGUUUUAAUAAACAUGAACAACAAGCUAU